GUCUGUUUUCGAAUCCUUCAGCCGAGCGGAGAGUAAAGAAUGGUCCCUGCGCACCAUACCUACCUCAUAUACUGGCCACACCAGGCAUAGUCGUCGCACUAGUUUCGAUGCCCAAGAGUCCAAACCCAUGCCCAAGAGUCCAAACCCAUCGCGUGGCACCUCUUGGCCGGCCGCCGGCCGCGGGGGGAACCCUUUCCUGAUAAAGAAUACAGGAACCAAAACGUAUACGGUCACAACGCAGCCAGCCGGCCAGCCCACGCGUCCACUCGGCAUCCUAUGCACCCGACACCCAACUCGCUGCAUGCGCGCACACGUAGCAAACGAUGUGUCGAACUGCCGCCCUAACACGUUGCUCGCACACACCUCUAUAAAAAAACCCAUACAGUCUCGGCUUCGUCACAUCCUUCUCGAGUUGUGAAUCUUUGACGAGUGAGCCCAGAAAAUAAAGUUAGCCAAAAUUUAAGAGUACACAAGCUAGGGAGAGAGCAAUGGCACACUACCAGCAAGGGCAGCAUGGCCAGCCGACAACCCGCGUCGACGAGUACGGCAACCCGAUUCCUGGCGGCCACGGCAUUCAGGAGCAGGCCGGUGGGUACGGCGCCACGGGCACCGGCAGCUACGACGCCGGGGGCUACGGCGGCCAGCAAGCCGGGUAUGGCCCGACAGGCGCCGGUACGCACGACGUCGGGGGCUAUGGCGGCUCCGGUCAGCCAGGUUUCGGCGCUACCGGAACCCGCGUCCAUGACGCUGGGGGCCUAGGAGGGUAUGGAGCCACGGGUACCGGACCUCACGGUACGCAUGGCAUAACCGGAAUCCAUGACGCCAGGGGUGUAGGCGGCGGGCACACUGGUGCGCACGGACUCGCGGGCACCGGGACCCAUGGUACCGGCCACGGUACGCACGGCGCCACCGCCGGAGUUACCGGAAUGCACGGCGUCGGUGGGCCCACCGGCGUGCCCGCAGCCACGGGGAUGGGGGCCCAUGGCACGGGUCACGGCGCAGGAGGCGUCACUGGAACCCACGGCGCUGCAACUGGCGCCGCGCUCCCUCACGGAGCUGAGCACAAGACGGGCGGCAUCCUCCGCCCUUCCGGCAGCUCCUCCAGCUCCAGCUCGUCAUCUGAGGACGACGGGAUGGGCGGUCGUAGGAAGAAGGGCCUCAAGGAGAAGAUCAAGGAGAAAACGCCCGGAGGCCUCAAAGACAACCAGGGCCAGGCGACGACCCCCGGAGCAUACGGCGGGACGACAGGGUACGCUGGGUCGACCGGUGCCGGGGCCACCGGUGGGACGUAUGCGACGACGACCGAGGGGGCGCACGAGAAGAAGGGCAUGAUGGAGAAGAUCAAGGAGAAGCUCCCGGGCGGCCACAAGGACCACGACCAGCACCACACCACGGCGAGCGGCGGUUACGGGCCGGGCCGCACGGGAACCACCGACACAUACGGGAUGACGACGGAGGGGACGCACGAGAAGAAGGGCUUCAUGGAUAAGAUCAAGGAGAAGCUCCCCGGCCAGCAUUGAGCAAGCUCCCACUCCCUGCCAAGUUUGUCGUGUGAAAUACAGAAUAAAAUUGACCAAGAAUAAAGCGGCAGCGGUCUGUUCUUGUAUGUAUGUGUCUGCAUUGUACCUAGCUACCUUGGAGUGCCUUGUUUCGAGUAAAAUAUUGUACGUGUGUAGUUUGCUCACUACUGUAUUUCCUAUGUGAUCUUGUGAAAAAAUUGUCUCCUUCCUUUGUAA